AACAGCCCCAGUCCCCGAGCUGCUCAAGGCACAGGGACACCGGAGUGAGAGAGCUCCCUGUGUUUGUAUCCGCCCAGCAGGCCGGAGCGCAGCCUCUCUCACAAGCAGAACCGUCACGGCUGUAACUGGCUAGAUGGGUGACCCCAAGCAAGCCCCGACCCAAGGACGGAUGGCAUCUCUGUAAGGAGAGGGGGCAGACGCACAACUGGGAGGCCCUGUGCCGACUGAGGCCGGGGCUGGAGUGCAAUGUCUGCUGGCUCCCCAGAGCCCCCGGCUGGAAGGGGCAGGUCCCCCGCUGAGCCUGCAGAGAACCAGGCCCGGCCGCAGACCCCUUGCUCCAGGACCUGUGGCCUCCAGAGCUGGCAGAGGAUAGAUUCUCAGUGUGGGAGUCCCAGUGGCCCCCAGCCAGAACCCCAGGAGUCCGGGAAGGCCCUAGCUCAGUCUAUGCCAGGCAGCUCCUGGGGCCAAGGGAGCGUGCCUGGGGCACUCCACCCACCUUGGCCUGCGGCCUCUGAGGCCCGAGUCACAGCUGCUGUUCAUGGACCAGCCCAGGACCCACAGCCCCUCCACCUCCCAGAGGACACAGCAGCCCAAUUUGGUAACGCAGACUUAGGAAUGAACCAGUUCUCGUGCAGGGUAGAAAUGGAGCCCAGAGACCCAGGAGUCUCAUUUGAGAGUGGCUGCUGCAUCUGGGGCGCCCAGGGGACCCCGCCCCCAAGAAGGCCCCGCUCCGGUGCCUGCCGAAAGGGCCAGCUCCCUCCCCCACCAAGAACAAAUUCCCAAGCAACUGCUGAAAGUAACAACCAGAAACUGCAGAAGUGAGCCACCUGUCCUCCCCUGGCGACCAGUGCUUCCCCUCAGGGGUUCGAGCUGGGGCCCUGUGGUAAAGAGCAGGGCCGUGGGGCUCCCACCCAGAGAUGAGCCCAGCUGGCGCCUGGCCUCUGCCAUUUUGCCGAGGACGGAGCCCACACCGCUGGAGGCUGGAUGCCCGUGUCAGUCUUGCAGUAACCGACAGUGCCGGGGGCCCAGGACAGUCCCAGUCGGCAAGGGAAGCCUGACAUCCGGAGAAAAGCCGUGCCUUCUGCCAACCUUGGAUGGAGGGUCACUCGGCGGGUGGCCUGGGCCCAGGAUGGCGGGAGCCCCCCCGCCCCGUUCCAUAAGGCUCUGUGGCUCACCCAGGAAGCGAGGCCCCCUGGCUGAGAGGCCCUGCCUCGGUGGCCGCGGCAGCCCUCCUGGGAACACUGACAUCCACACCCCAGAUCUUCUCUCCUCUCCCCGGAGUUACUCCCGCGGCGCGGCUUUCCACGUGCUGAGUCCGGCUGCCGUGCUAAGUCCCAGGGGCCUCGGGGCUCCCAAGGACAUUUAGGUGCACGUGGUCGACACCGCUGUCUCCGCGCGGGAGCCCCCUCCUUGCAGACACGGCUGUGCCGGAGGGAUCUGGAGCCGCCCCGCCCCUGCGCUUGGGAGGCCGGUCCUCCCUCCCCCACCCCUCUGCAGAGCUCAGAGGCCAGGACUUUGCCCGCCCCCCCACACCUGGAAUGUCCGCAGACCGAGUGACCCCACAGGUCUCAGCAUGGCUUCCCAGGCGGGCGAGCUGGCCCUCCUCUGCCUUCUCCUGGGCCUGCAGGGCUCCCUGGCCACAGUGUUCCUCACUCAGAGGGAGGCCCACGGCGUCCUGCACAGGCCGAGGCGCGCCAACGCGUUCCUGGAGGAGCUGUGGCCCGGCGCGCUGGAGAGGGAGUGCCUCGAGGAGCGCUGCUCGCUGGAGGAGGCCCGGGAGAUCUUCCAGGACCCGCGGCGCGCCGAGCAGUUCUGGAUUUCUUACACCGACGGGGACCAGUGCGCCUCGAACCCGUGCCAGAACGGAGGCUCCUGCGAAGACCAGCUCCAGUCCUACAUCUGCUUCUGCCCUGACAGCUUCCAGGGCCGCAACUGUGAGACAAACAAGAAGGACCUGCUGGUCUGCGUGAACGAGAACGGGGGCUGUGAGCAGUAUUGCAGUGACCGUGCCGAGGGCGGGCGCUCCUGCCGCUGCCACGAGGGGUUCACGCUGCAAGACGACGGGGUGUCCUGCGCGCCCACAGUGGAAUACCCGUGUGGGAAGAUCCCUGUUCUGGAGAAGAGAAACGGCAGCAACCCCCAAGGCCGGAUUGUGGGUGGCAGGGUGUGCCCCAAAGGGGAGUGUCCUUGGCAGCACACAGCGACCUGCCUCGCCCACAGCCGGGCCUCCCCCUGGCCCUCCAGCUCGUCCCCAUCCACGGGCCGGCCAGCCAGAGACUCCGGCUCCUCCCAUCGCCGUGGAAAAGCCAGCACAGGGGAGGCUAUCCUGACAGUGGACGGGGCGCUGCUGUGCGGGGGGACCCUACUCGACGCUGCCUGGGUGGUCUCCGCCGCGCACUGCUUCGAAACCCGGAAGAACUGGAGAAACCUGACGGUGGUCUUGGGGGAGCACGACCUCUGCAAGCAGGAGGGCGAGGAGCAGGAGCGGCGUGUGGCCCGGGUCUUCAUCCCCGACAAGUACGUCCCCGGCAAGACGAACCACGACAUUGCUCUGCUGCAGCUGAACAGGCCCGUGACCUUCACAGACCACGUGGUGCCCCUGUGUCUGCCCGAGAAGACCUUCUCCGAGAGGACGCUGGCCUCCAUCCGCUUCUCGACCGUCAGUGGCUGGGGCCAGCUGCUGCACAGGGGCGCCACGGCCGUCCAGCUCAUGGCCAUCGACGUGCCCCGCGUGAUGACCCAGGACUGCCAGGAGCAGUCACGCCAGUGGGAGGGCUCGCCCGCCGUCACCGAGAACAUGUUCUGUGCCGGCUACCUGGACGGGAGCAAGGACGCCUGCCAGGGGGACAGUGGGGGCCCGCACGCCACCAAGUUCCAGGGCACCUGGUACCUGACGGGCAUUGUCAGCUGGGGGGAGGGCUGUGCGGCCGAAGGCCACUUCGGGGUGUACACCAGGGUCUCCCGGUACAUCGAGUGGUUGCGCAGGCUCAUGAACACCAACACAACCCUGCAAGGCCUUCUCCGGGCCCCGCUGCCCUAGCCCUGGCCCAGCGCCCCCCGGGAAUAAAGCUGUUGCCUGCCUCUCCCUCGAA